GCAAACGGUUCUUUCUCGGUGGAACAUCGCGUCCGAGCGACACCUCCGUCCCUGCUGCACUCACCCUUACUCACUUACACCAAGUGCCAUGGAGGAAUCGAGUAGUUGACGUUUCCUGUUGCAACCUUCUCUUUUUAAGCUUUCUUCCCGUCUGAUCAUUCCGAUCCAGAAUCAAGUUUUGACGCUUUGAAUUCUCAGUUUACGAGCUCUGACCAUCCAGAACCAUGAAGUACAUCAUCGGCAUCGGCGGCGUUACCAACGGAGGGAAAACCACCCUCACCAACAGACUGAUCAAGAACCUGCCCAACUGUUGUGUGGUCCACCAGGAUGACUUCUUCAAGCCCCAAGAUCAGAUUGAAGUUGGUGAAGAUGGCUUUAAGCAGUACGAUGUCAUCACUGCUCUGGACAUGGACGCCAUGAUGAGCACAAUCUAUGCAUGGUUGGAGAACCCAGUGAAGUUUGAGAAAUCUCAUGGCGUUAAUAACACCCUGGAUACUGAGAUCGUCCCAAAGUCUGACAAUAAGGAAGAGGAGGAGACUCACAUCCUUAUUGUGGAAGGCUUUCUGCUCUACACCUUUGAGCCUUUGAUCGACGUGUUGAACCAACGCUACUUUAUUUCCAUCCCGUACGAAGAAUGCAAAAAGAGGAGGUGCUCAAGGAACUACUCGGUGCCAGACCCCCCCGGCCUGUUUGAUGGUCAUGUCUGGCCCAUGUAUUUGAAACACAAAAACACUAUGGAGGGAUCAAAUGUUGACGUCUUGCAGCUAGAUGGAACCAAGUCGAAAGAACAGCUGUUCAACUUCGUCUACGGCGACAUCCUGAAUAACAUCCAGAAGACUUUUUAAAAACAAAGGUCAAAUGAUCGGCUAAAAGGAGCUCAUACUCAUCCUGCAAGCAGAAGACCAUCUUGCCUUAAGUCUCUACCUGGCAGCCCAUUUAUCUGACUGCUAUGAAUUCUUUUGUAAAUGUUUUUAACUGGCGGCAUCAGAUGCUGGCCUGAUUUUAUAUCAACCGUAUUUAUUGCUUUAUUACCGCCAACACUCCUCAGAGAGUCAAUGGAUUUGCCAGAGGAUGGUUGCACUUAGUUGCUUAAGUCAAUAAAUGAUCCUCCUACAAA